AUGAUGGUAGAUCUGAAGGUGGCUGACUGUUUGAGCCCUCAGAUCAGGGCUCUGUGGGAGUGCAAGGGACCUGAGAUAGAGAGUUCCAGUCACAUUAAGAAGUACACCCCACAAACGGACAGGCUCAGUCCAGAAAGCUGGCGCGAGCACUUCCGGAACUUCCACUAUCAUGACGCCCCCGGACCUCGUGAAGUUGUUGGCCAGCUUCAGGAAUUUUGCCGUCAGUGGCUGAGGCCUGAGAUCCACUCAAAAGAGCAGAUCCUGGAACUGCUUGUGCUAGAACAGUUUGUGACCAUUCUGCCCACGGACACCCAGAGCCGGAUAAGGAAGGACCAUCUACAAAGCAUUGAGGAGGCCGUGACCCUGGUAGAACACUUGGAGAGGGAAUCUGGUCAAACGAGGAAUAGGGUUGCCAUACAAGAGCUGGGAAAGGAGUCAGUGCUUUUGAGAGAAACAGCAGAGUCCCAGCCAGUGGGCCUGGCCCAGGAUGAAGAAUUCUGGAAUACAUACCAAGGUUUGCAAGAACAGCUGAGCGGGAAUACUCAUAAAGAAUCUGAGCCUGUAUGUGAGAGGGCUGUGCCUGUUCACCAGAUCUUAGCCUUUUCUGAGAAGACAAACACCAAAGACUGGACAGUGGCACCUGAGCUCGUCUUGCCUGAGUCCCAGAGCUUGUUGACAUUUGAAGAAGUGGCCAUGUAUUUUUCCCAGGAAGAAUGGGAGUUACUGGAUCCCACUCAGAAGGCCCUCUACAAUGAUGUAAUGCGGGAAAACUAUGAGACUGUCAUCUCUCUAGAAAACCAUCAGCCUAUAUGUGUUUCUGAUUUAGAAAUACAAGCACCAGGAGACAUAGUAUCAAAAAAGGCCCGAGCAAAAGUUCCCCAGAAAACAACAGGCAAAGAAAACCAUGGUGAUACACACAGGUUAGGGAAGUGGCAUCGAGAUUUUCCUGUGAAGAAAAAAAAGAAACUUUCAAGCUGGAAACAAGAGUUGCUGAAACUUAUGGAUCUUCACAAGAAAGCCCGUGCUGGAGAGAAGCCAUUUAAGUGCCAAGAAUGUGGGAAAAGCUUCAGAGUUAGCUCUGACCUUAUUAAGCACCAAAGAAUUCACACUGAAGAGAAACCAUAUAAAUGUCAACAGUGUGAUAAGAGGUUUAGAUGGAGUUCAGAUCUUAAUAAGCACUUAACAACACAUCAAGGAAUAAAACCAUACAAAUGCUCCUGGUGUGGGAAAAGCUUCAGUCAAAAUACAAAUCUACACACACACCAAAGAACUCAUACUGGAGAGAAGCCCUUUACAUGUCAUGAGUGUGGGAAAAAAUUCAGUCAGAACUCCCACCUUAUUAAGCAUCGGAGAACCCACACAGGUGAGCAGCCAUAUACUUGCAGCACCUGCAGGAGAAACUUCAGCAGGCGGUCAAGCCUCCUCAGACACCAGAAACUUCACCGCUGA